AUGUCCAGGAAAAACAUUGUAGGCCUUAAGAAAACACUGAUGGAAGGCAACCCAUCAACCUCCAACCUCCACAACCCCUCACCCCCAACCACAACAACCUUCACCCUCCAACACACCUCCACCCCUCUCCCCUCAACCCCAACCCAACCCCAACAACCCCAACCCCAACAACCUCUCAUUCCCUCUCCCCUCAAAUCUAAGAACCUCUCAUUCCCCCUCCCCUCAACCUCACUAUUCUCUCAACCCCCUCCCCUCAACCCCAUCAACCUCUCAACCCCCUCCCUCAACUCCACCAAACCUCUCAACCCCUCCCCUCAACCCCACCAACCUCUCAACCCCCUCCCCUCAACCCCACCAACCUCUCAACCCCCUCCCCUCAACCCCAACAACCCCUCAACCCCCUCCCCUCAACUCCAACAACCCCUCAACCCCCUCCCCUCAACCCUGCCAUCCCCUCAACCCCCAAACCCCACCAAUGCCCAAACCCCAGAGUACCCAUGGAUACAUUUUGUACCAAUCAAAUAG